AAAAAAAUUAUCGACUCAAUCGAGCAGAUCGCAAAUGACCUACAUAGGGUUUUCCAUUAGGGAAAAGUGCGGACGCGUGCGCCUUUAAGGAAAACAUCCCCUGUGGCGAGAAAAUUCGAUUCUCCAACAGAUGUUUACGUUCUGAAUCAAGGUUAAGUGGCGUUUCGAGUGAAAACAGCAAGUUUUCCACAACUAUCGAGCAAAUGUUUCCCGUGGACAGCGAAUGGCGCUUAAGGGCUGAAAGCGAAUUGAACGAAACCCCCGAACGAUAUGCGCUAGAAAUGAAAACUCUCACUAAUCUGGUUUCGAAUGACCCGAAUCUGACGGUUCCCAACAACAACGAGUUUCUGCUGAGGUUUCUGAGGGCCAGAAAGUUCCAUAGCAGCAAAGCGUUUCAAAUGCUGCAAAGAUACUACAUAAUGAAGCUAAAAUUCCCCGAGCUGUUCAGUUGCCCGCUGCCGUCCGAAUGUGGCAAAACUUUCGAUCUGCAGGCGCAAAACAUGCUGCAGCAUCGAGACCGUUUGGGCCGCAGAAUUUACAUGAUUCGAGUCGACAGUUUUGACUCCUCCAAAGCGACGAUUGAGGACAUUUUCAAGACAAACGUGCUGGCGUUGGAGCAAAUAGUGCGAGAGCCGGAAACUCAAAUCGCCGGAAUCGUUGUUAUUCUUGACAUGGCCGGUCUCUCCUUGCAGCAUGCGAAGUUCUUCACUCCUUAUUAUGCGAAACGAAUGGUCGAGCUGGUUCAAGAGACGUUUCCUCUGCGAUUCAAGGGCUUUCAUGUGGUUAAUGAGCCUUUUUACUUUGACGCGGUCAUGGCCGUGCUCAAGCCUUUUCUCAAGGAGAAAAUCAAAAAAAGGAUUUACUUGCAUGGCAGCGACAUUGAAGGUCUUCACGCUUUUGUGCCUAGCGAUGUUCUCCCGUCGGAAUACGGAGGAGAAACCGGACCUUUUGAUAACAGAGGCUGGUACAUGAAGCUCUUGGCCAAUGAGGACUAUUUCAAAAACCUGGAAUCUUUCGGCUACAAACAAGAUUCGGCUUAGAAUGUAACUUGGCUUUUCGCUGGUUAAAAGCUGCUUUUUGACUCAGUUGUUAUGGAUUGUGCAGCCGAGGGCGAAAAUUUUAAGCGUUUAGGUUGUGAAUUGAAAUCAACCGAAUAGCAAUUUUAGACGACUUUGACAUUUUUUCUUUACUGUUUCGGUUGUGAAUUUGGGGCGACUUUGGGCGAUUGAACUGUGAAUUCAACAUUUUUCAGGAUGUUUAGAAUGUGAUUUUGCAACUUUGUUCCUCGUCUAGACUGGAAACUUGACGCAACCAAAUCGAACCCCACAUAACCUUUAGGCGUCUUUGCUAACU